GAUGUUAAUAUUUGCGUCAUUCCGCCUGCAUUAACUGCCGUCUAUCGUUGAUCAGCAGUGGCUCGAGCCCGCAGCAGGUGCAGAGGACACGAGUGAGGAUGGCCUCCUCCCAAAGGUAGUGUUUCUGCUUAUCCACUUGCUCUGUGACCCUUUCCUGAGAAGGUUUCUUGAAUAUAUAUAUGGAAGUAAGAGAAGGCACUCUAACCUAUCAUGGAUUUCGAAGAGAGACUCUUCAACGCACUAAGGAGACGAUAACAACCAGGGCAUAGUCCUUAGAAAUGAUGUCCUUUUGCCACAAUAAAAUUAAUAUUUCCUGUGUGAAAAGCAGCUGGUCCAAUGACAUCCGGGCUUCCCUGUAUAGUUUAAUGGUGCUCAUAAUUCUGACCACCGUGGUUGGCAAUCUGCUAGUUAUUAUUUCCAUAUCACACUUCAAGCAACUGCAUACCCUAAAUAAUUGGCUCAUCCAGUCCAUGGCUACUGUGGACUUUCUUCUGGGGUGCCUGGUCAUGCCUUAUAGCAUGGUGAGAUCCGUUGAGCACCGCUGGUCUUUUGGAGAAGUCUUCUGUAAAAUUCACACCAGCACUGACAUUAUGCUGAGUUCAGCAUCCAUUUUUCACUUGUCCUUCAUUUCCGUUGAUCGCUACUAUGCUGUGUGUGACCCACUGAGAUACAAAACCAAGAUCAACAUCUUGGUUAUUUCUCUGAUGAUCUUCAUUAGUUGGAGUAUUCCUGCUCUUUUUGCAUUUGGGAUGAUCUUUCUGGAGCUAAACUUCAAAGGAGCUGAAGAGAUGUAUUACAAACACAGUCACUGCCUAGCGAGUUGCUCUGUCUUCUUCAGCAAAACAUCUGGGGUUCUGGCCUUUAUGACUUCUUUCUAUAUACCUGGCUCUAUUAUGUUGUGCAUCUAUUGUAGAAUAUAUUUCAUAGCAAAAGGCCAGGCAAGAUCAAUUCACGAUGCAAAGCAGAAGGUUCAAAUAGGGUUGAAAGAGAGAAAUGGAAUUCCACGAAGCAGAGAAAGGAAAGCUGCGAAGACUUUAGGGAUUGUGAUGGGAGUUUUCCUAACAUGCUGGUGUCCUUUCUUUGUCUGCAUGGUCAUGGACCCUUUCCUGGACUAUGCUAUCCCACCCACUUUGAACGAUGCAUUGAUUUGGUUUGGCUAUUUGAAUUCUACUUUUAAUCCAAUGGUUUACGCAUUUUUCUAUCCCUGGUUCAGAAGAGCACUAAAGAUGAUUUUAGUUGGUAAAAUUUUCCAAAAAGAUUCGUCUAGGAGUAAAUUGUUUUCAGAAUAAAUCCAUAGAAAUAUGCUUUCAGUCAGUCAGUUCAGUUGCUUACUUAUGUCCAACUCUCUGCGACCCCAUGGACUGCAGCACGCCAGGCUUCCCUGUCCAUCACCAACUCCUGGAGCUUACUCACACUCAUGUCCAUCGAGUCAGUGAUUCCAUCCAACUAUCUCAUCCUCUGUUGUCCCCUUCUCCUCCUGCCUUCAAUCUUUCCCAGCAUCUAGUGAGUCAGUUUUUCUAGUGAGUCAGUUCUUCAAAUCAGGUGGCCAAAAUAUCAGCGUUUCAGCUUUAGUAUCAGUCAUUCCAAUGAAUAUUCAGGACUGAUUUCUAGUGUUUUAGAAAACAGUUGGUGAUCAUAUUUACGAACAUGCAUAAUAUCAACCACAUGGGCCAAUUGCAGGGACUUUUAUCAAAUAUUUGGGUCAAAGAUUGUAUAGUGAGAUAUGAUGCUUACAUCUUGCUUCUUAUUUGCCAUUUGUAUUAUGUAUAUUGAAGUUUUACAAGUCCAGAAAUUAAGAACUUAAAAUUUUAAAGAACACUCUUCCCUUACAUGAACUGCCAUGAAAUUGACAGUGGUACCUUACCCAGUUGUUCAGUGGUGGAAACUAACAGGCUACAUUUGGAGAUGGAAAUUAGAAGGACUUUGUCAUUCAUUUGCUAGAAUAUAUAUGCCUUUUUAAAAAGUCAGUUAAAAGUGUACAUUAAAUAUUACUAUUGUUUACACAUAAUUUGCUAUUUGUUACUAAUUAUUAAUACAUAUUCUGAUUUUUAAAUCUAUUAAUGUUUACAUUUUUAAAUUUUUUUAAUUUUCAUACUUGUAGGAAAUUUGGAAAAUAAAGGAAAAUAAAAAUAAUGUAUAGAAACAAAAUAAAAAUUAAAAUAUCAUUCAUAGCUCACUUAAGAACCAUAUCAUUCAAAGUUCUUAAAAACAUCAUUUUGUAAUGACUGCAAAAUGUUAAAUUGUAUGGGUGCACAAAUUUUUUUUUAACCAUUUUCCCAUUGUUGACCACUUAGUUUAUUUUGUUUCUUUCUUUCUUUUUCUUUUUCUUUUUUUUUGAAUAGCCUAAAUUAAAUGCCUGUUACGGGGGCUUCCCUAGUGGCUCAGACAGUAAAGAAUCUGCCUGCAAUGCAGGAGACCUUGGUUUGAUCCCCAGGUUGGGAAGACCCCCUGGAGGAGGGCAUGGCAACCCACUCCAGUAUUCUUGCCCACGGACAGAGGAGCCUGGCGGGCUAAAGACCAUGGGGUCACAAAGAGUCAGACACAUAACUAAGCACACAGCACCUGUUACUGAAGCUCAAAAACAUGUCUGGGAGGAUUUCAUCCUAUUUCAAGGUCAUGCCUGGUGUGAUAGGACUCAAAAUGCAAGCUGUAGGAAGUAAAGCAAAUUCACUUGUUGGGUGCCAGGCUACACUGAAAGAGAAGCAGGUAUUCAUCAGAGCAGCUAAACAUGAGGUAAAGAAGAUAUAUAAUCGAAACAGUAUAUCUCAUGUCUAUUACGAUGGCAUAUACAAAAGAAAAAUAAGGAGAAAGAGUGGUUUCAAGUAAGAUCCCCUAAUAGAAGUGGGCAAGCAUUCUUAAUCAUAAAUAUCAAUUUGCAUUUGAACUGUUUCUAAUCUAAACUUCAUGUACUUUGUAUCAUGUUAAGCAGCACCACGGAUUUGAAUUUAUUUGUUUCAUAAUUGUGACUUACCCUCAUGGGUAAGUUAGGGUGAGGCAGUAGUUAAUUUUAAAUAAAAUUUUAAAAUGCAUGUUCCUGUAUAACUAUUUCUGUUCACACCCUUCUAUCUAUUGCAAUCUCUUUCAGGACUGUAUAUUUAGUUUCCUUGAUCCGGCUAGAUUUUGUUCUCGUAGAUUUUAAAAGCAGUUUUAAAACCUUUUUCAUUUAGUAUAUGGUAAGAAAGUUGCCCCUAAUCACUCCUGGCUUCAUAAACUAUCUUGACUUUUCUACUUGUGAAACUAUUUUUGUUAAAUUUUAAAAAGGGAACAAAAGCAUUUAGAUAGUUUUCUAUACCUUAUAGCAAGUUUCUGUGGUUUUCUUCUUCACACAUUCUUAGAUGCUUUAUACUUUUGUGUUUGUGUGUCUUGACUGUUUUGAAUAUAUCUUUUUUAAAGUCAUUAUACUUUCUAUAUAAUUAUUAUUGCUUGU